AUGGACUCCUUACACUCUGGCUUUUUGUUUGGAGCCACAGUAGAAGCAACAUCAGAUGACACACUGCUGAAGAGAAUCCACCUGGCGACUCGAGGGGCUGGAGACUGGCCCUCGCUCGCCAAAGCACUCAACAAAUGCAGACGUAACCGUAGAUACCUAACUGAAGGAUAUACAGUCUGCGUUAAACCUGACUACGAGAAGAAAACUGAUCAUGGAGAAGCAGUUUCGGUCCCAGUGCCGACAAUAGACAACUCAGCAAGCAUAUUUUUAAACAACACAGAUUCAUCCUCCGGAUCAUUUGGCCAUAAUGAAGCCACUAGAUCGGGGAAUAGGGACCCAUCGGGUCUGAAAAAUGAGAUCAAAUCGCAGGAUAAAGGAAAACGACCUCCAAAUUUAGAGAGCUAUACAUCGCAACAGGGAACACCCCGGACGGUUCAUAGACAUUCGGGUGAAAAUCAAGCACAGUCUUUGGAACCAGAACCACCUGAACCGUCAUCUACAUUUUUUAGCGUAUGUAGUGCGGCAUUUAACUUCACACGAUCGUUAAGUCGGAUGGAAACGCAUGAACGAAAUGGUUGCGGAACAGAAUACAUUAUCGUAAAGUGUGAACCUCAGGGUGGAUACAUAAGUGAAAAUACGCUGUUUUAUGUCGAUGAACGUUUACCAGAAUUACAAAGGGUCGAUCUUUUGUGGGACGUGGAGACGGAGUCACACGUUAAAAGGUGCAUAGACCACCUUCUUGGUCAUGCGGCCUCAGACACACUGACAAAAUCGAUACUGUUACGUCAAGAACGUAUGUCUGGGCCCUAUUAUAUCGAUAACAAUUCGGACUCUCCACCCUCCUCAGGCCGAGUACGCAAGACCAUAUUCAUCAAUCACCAGGAUCAAUCACAUGCUACAGCAUAUUCACACUCUAAAGUAAACAAUAUGGAUACGAAAGCAGCUGUGGAGGCACUUUUCAAGGCAAUGUUUAACAAUGUGCUGGCAGAAACACUAUCGUCGGACUUCAGAGUAUAUUACUCGGGCCAAAAUCUCACAAUACGUGACCUCAAAAUGUUCGUCACUGCGACACGACCGGCUAGUCGACCAGGAAUAAUAACACCAUCAACUGAGAUUUACGUGGGUGUCGAUACGGUGGGAGAGUGUCUAUCGGUAACCGUGGCUCCACUACGUGAUACGCUACCUACUACAUAUGAGUACAACCUAAUAAAGGACUGUGUAGAACCGUACUUCAGAGGACGUCGAUCGCGUACGUACCAUGUAAAUGACGUAUUCAGGUUUGGAGGUGUACAAUUCCGUAUUGUAGCUUUCGAACAUCGUGACGACACUCCACAACUUUUUGAUUUCGACCUCUUGAAUCCAUUUUGGACUCGAGGCAGUUGUGGGCGUGUAGGACCGACUUCUGUUAUAUAUGUAAAGGACCCUGUGGAGCUCCGGCUAACCGAUCUCCUAUCACCGGACCAACUUAGAUGUCUUAGGCGCUGUGCGCCAAGUCAGCGCGAAUUGUUGCUGUUCAAGAUGGCAUCGCAACUUGAUUCAGAGUCUUUAGAAAGACUUUAUAGCUCGGAAGAUGGCUCUCGUCACUUACUGCCGUUGGACCGUGUAGACACAUAUCAUGCCCCGUCUGUACAAAGGACACCAUCAGGGGUGGAUGAUACAGUCCAACACUACAAUAUAAGUGACACUUCAAUUGCCACGGGUACACCUAUGUCGCUUGGGUUCGACAUAUGCACAGUUUGUUAUGAAAAUAUUGGAGAAACUGAACCGUCAGGACGUUUCAAAUUCCCAUGCGGUCAUGUUUUCCAUCUUAAUUGUGCCAAUGAGUGGAUGAAUAUGCGAGGGGAAUCGUGCCCAAACUGCCGUCACGGACAGUCGCGUCUUGUGUCGUCAUCUGAUAUUGGUUAUACGGGCCAGUUUCAUACACUGUCGGACGCAGAAGAGACUGUAUACUCCGAGCCGGACGGGCCCUUUGGAACAGCUGAUACUGCCAGCUCCUCGGGGGCAUCAGAGCUGUUGCAGUGGUUCAACUCGCAAGAACUGUAA